ACUAGGGCCGGGACACAACGUUAGCAAGGCGCACUACUUUCUCCUGUUUGCUUCCUCAGCUGGCUACUAUUUUCUUAUAUGUUAUGUUUGUUGGAGCUGGAAAGAACCUUAAUAGAAGCUUAAAGCUACAGUGCGGAACACUUUGUGACUUGUUGUGUGCACACGAAGCGGAUGUGCUCAUUGACACUUGAAAAGGCUUUUGAUUCAUUUAAUUAAAGCAGCUAGUGGGUUGUUUAUACUUUAUAAACUCAGACUAUGCUAAUCAUAACCACAUUGGCUCGCCCUUGCUUUUUCAGUAAUGUUUGGUAUGCCUACUACCUGACAGCGUAGGCGCAAAAAGUAGCGCAAUCGAACUGGUCUUUCUGGUUUGCGUGUCUUAUUUAUCAGCGUUUGCCUUUACAGUAUUGUGAGUAAGCACUACAACUUUUUUUUUUUUACUGAAACUCCCUAACAUCCAAAACGCCAUGUAGGCAGACAGUCGUGGUGAAACUAUGGCGACGUGCGGACUGGAUCUGAACUUGAACGCACCGACAUGCCCCCAAGUUACUGCGCAGCACGAGCAUACCUGUCCUUGAAUGCAACAUUCGUUGUACCGUAUUAACUAGUAGUAGCAGAUGGAUAUUUUUCUACUCAUCUUUUAUUUUAUUGUCACAAAUAUUGUUCAAAUAUAAUGUAUAUUAAGAGGUGGACAUAUUAAAAAUGUAUUCAGAGUUUGUUAACAGUAUAGAAAUGUAAUGUUGUGUAUACAAGACAAAAACAGAAAUGUGAAAAUAAACAUAAAGAGCAAUAUCAUCACCGUAAUAUUGAUCUGAUGCAGUGACAGUGCCCUAGUAUUGAUAGUAUUGAUCCACCCACUUCUAUUGUAUAUAUUUCUAUAUAUAUAUUAGCUAUAUUGUCUGUCUUCACUUUAAAUAACUAAUACAAUCAAUUCAUCCAUUUUCUAUAUCGCUUGCCGUCAUUGGGGUCACAGGCGAGCUGGAGCCUAUCCCAGCUGAUUUUGGGCAAGAGUGGAGUGGUUACCUGCCAAUCACAGGACACAUAAACAAACAAGCAUUCACACCUAUGGAGCAGGGGUAUCCAAAGUGUGGCCUUGGGGCCAUUUACGGCCGCCGGCACAUUCUAAAAAUGCAAUUACACAACAAAAAAAGUAAGUCAUCUUAGAAAGAAAGACUAAAUAUUAAGACAGUAAAGUCCGAAUGUUAAGCAAAUUUUAGCAUAAAUUUGAAAUAUCAAAGGAAAAAUGUGUAAUGUGAGAAAAACAAAACUAAGAAUAAUAAUUUUAGAAAAAAGUUAUAACAAUAUAAUAAAGUCAAAAUAUUAUGAGAUAAGUCAUAAUGUUACAAGAAAAAAAUUAUAAGGAUAAAGAUGACAUUUGUUUAAAAACAAGUGGAAUGGAAGAAGGAAAAAAUCCUAUUAAUACACACAAAACUGUGACGAGGGCUGUUUUUUUUCUUUAAAUAUAAAAACCAUCUCAGCACAGCUACAUCUGCGCAUCCUUUUAUUUUUCAAGGAAAAAGUUUGGACACCCCUGAUUUAGAGGCUUCCAUUAACCUAAACAAAUGUUCAAACCUUUGAUCUCAUCACUGUGAGGCCAACAGGCAAACCAUUUGGACACGGUGCAGUCCUGUGGUAAACACUGCAAUGCUUCUCGAUUAUCGUGUGUCAUGCUCCCUUUGGUGCAAACCUUACAACAAUGUUUUCACAGCAUGGCCAUGACUGCAAAUGGGUGCGUUCAAUUUACGCGCCAUGCAGGGGAUGUCCUGCUCAACUUCAACCGCCUGCGCAGUAGGAAUAUUCUAACGGAUGUCACUAUCCAAGUGAACGGACAGCAUUUUUACGCACACAAGGCCAUCUUGGUGGCGUGCAGCGGCUUCUUUUAUUCCGUCUUUAUGAACCCUGAGAAUGCAAACCUGAGCGGCAUCAGUUUGGACCCCAAAAUAGACCCUAAGAGCUUUUCCAACCUCUUGGACUUCAUGUACACGUCGUGCCUGAACCUGACAGACAGUAUGCUGGUAGGCACCAUGAACACCGCCCUCUACCUUCAGAUGGAGCAUGUGGCUGAUACCUGUCACAGGUUCAUCAAGUCCAGGCCGUCUUUCAAUGUGCACAUGGAAGAAGUGCAGAUGAGCAAGCUACCGUUGGUUGAUCAGCUCCCUAAUUUCCGACCCAUUGAUGUAAAGGAGCUGGAUGUCAAAAACAGAUACACAGCUACCUCGCCCCCUCUUCAGGAGUGCAAGGGUUACAAUGUCUUUAGGGGCAUCAACACCUCUGGUUCCUAUUAUGUAUAUGGUGAUCGGCAUAUCGCCGCAGAGAAGCAUGAAGCUUCCCAAAACAUCAGCACCACUCCCGGAGAAUCAUCUUUGUCCCACAAUCAACGUAUGCAAGUCCCCAGCACCAGCGUGCCUCACAAAGAGUCCACCUCCAUCAUCACGUACCCGGCUUUCCACCCCACGAUUAUUCGACCAGCACCUUCCACCCACACGGAAGAAGACAGUGUCCGGCACCUUCCUCCUAACUGCCAUGGGUUGUCUCCAGGUUUUGGGAAAGGUGUCAUUUGCAGCCCUCAAAGCCCUCUCAGAUCUGAUUGCCAGCCCAAUUCUCCCACCGAGUCCAGCAGCAGCAGGAACGCCACCCUGAGCCUCAAACAGCCCGCGGAUUGUCCGAAAGAAGCCAAGGUCCGAAAUUGGAAGAAGUACAAAUUCAUUGUUAUGAACCAAACCCCUCUGAACGAGGAAGCCGAUGUUCGGAGAGGCAGUCCCGAAGGUGGAUCCCCUACACUUAGUCCCUGCAGGGGCGCCGGUGAGCAGAGGGAACCCCAAACGGAAGAAGCAGCCAGAGAAGAACUCCCCAUGACUGUUGUCAGCAGCCACAGCAAAUGCUCCUCCUGUGGCGGUGACAGCCCUCAGCACGUGGAGGCCGCUCACCCCUUUCCCGACUCUUACUGCAGGGACUCAAAGUUGUCCCCUUCUAGCUGUGAAAGCUCUUUCUUCUGUAACGGCAGCGACGCCAAGUUCACAGAAGAAGACUCCCCCAAAGAGCACGCAGACCAGCUCCACAGGAAGAAGCCAUACAAGUGUGACUGCUGCCAAGCCGCCUUUCGCUACAAGGGGAACCUGGCCAGCCACAAGACCGUUCACACAGGUGCAAAGCCAUACUGCUGCAACAUCUGUGGUGCUCAGUUCAACCGGCCAGCUAACCUGAAGACGCACGCUCGUAUCCACUCUGGGGAGAAGCCAUAUAAGUGUGACACGUGCGGGUCCAGAUUUGUUCAGGUGGCCCACCUUCGUGCCCAUGUGUUAAUUCACACAGGCGAAAAGCCAUACCCUUGUGAAAUCUGCGGAACACACUUUCGCCACUUACAGACGCUCAAGAGUCACAUGCGCAUUCAUACCGGAGAGAAGCCUUAUCAUUGUGAAACGUGUGACCUCCACUUCAGACACAAGAGUCAGCUGAGGCUACAUCUGCGACAGAAGCACGGCGCCAUCACUAACACCAAGGCGCAGUAUCGCCCCACGCCCAGCAGCUUGACCCCCUGCUGAGGCCAUGGCUGACCUUUUCUUUUUUUUUUUUUUGCACCAUGUGGUGAAUAAUAUUUUUUUUAAUCCAAAGAACCAUAUUUUGUAUAUAUUUUAGAGUGACAGGUUUAUUCUUGACCACAACUGAAUGUACAAUUUGAAUGUGAAUUUGAGCAGAUACAUACGCGUGUUUCCUGUUAGCAGUUAUUGGUAAAACAGCAUGCAUGUUACAGUAUUGCUGUAGUAUUGGUACAAGUCAUUGGUACGUCUUCAAGUCUAUUUGUAAAUAUGUUAUUACAUUGCCAUCUGCUGGCAGAGCAUGGGUUUGAUAACGUUGGUUUUCUUGCCCUGGUGAGCUUUACUGAAGGACAGUAGCUAAAAGAGGUUGUCACUUUUGUUACGUACUAUAUGUGUACAUAUACAUUUUUGCUUAAUACAGUAUCAUCUUUUCCAAUAUGACAUAAGCCGUCAUUGUUGUUUUUGCACACACAUGUUGCUGUUAUUCAAAAUGUCUUGAGACUUUUCAAUUUUUUUUUUCUCAAGUGUUACUAACAUGUUAUAGUUGAUCAUUUAUUAUUUAUAUUCAAAUCUACGCUUGCCUGAUUGUCACAAUGUUUGGUGCUGCCAUGUUGUCCUGAGCUAACUGUUAACUUUUAGCUCCAUUUGAUCCAGUGUAUUAUAGUGCCUUAUAUUCAAACAUUAUAUUGGUUACAGUCCCAGACUUAUGUUGAUGCGAUGUACAUUUAUGCUCUUUCUGUGUAUUCUGUGUAAGUUUUUUUCACUGUAUGUGGCUCUUAAGAUGCAGAAAAGCGGAAAACAUGCUCAGGAAUAUUGCUUAUGUCUUUGUAACUGCAGAAUACAUAAUAUAUAUAUUUAUAUUUAUGAAAUAAAUAUGCAUACUGCAACAACAGCACUCUAUUAAACUGCAUGUUAAUAUCUUGACAGAAGAGACACCAAAUAACAUUCAUUUGCGAUGAGUAAACAGCAAACUGAUGCCCCCUGCUGGAUAAUCCUUUAGUUAACUUGUUAACUUGUAUGCAGGCCCAAAGUAAACUGUAGAAAUUAUUGUACAUUAGAAAUUAAAAGGUUUUUGUUUCCAGGAAUGCAAUAUCGCUGCCAAUUAUGAGGAACACCACUCAAUGGAGGUCAGUUGGUAGGUUACCCAUAAUGCUAAUUUGGACAGCGAUAUAGAAACCUCAAUCGCUUAAACCAACUAUAUUUAGAGCAGUGGUUCUCAAAUAGUGGGUCGGAGAGCCUAUUUUAGUGGGUUGCUUUACCAAAAGAAAAAAAAAUGUAAUGACCCAAUGUCAGGCAACUGCACAGUUGCAGAUAUCUGCUGGAGAUACUGAAGGGGUUCACUGAGGGGUGAUGGUGGGUCCCGCAGCCAGUUGAGAACCACUGAUCUAGAUCUAGAUGUCCCACAACCCCAGGGAAGACAAGCAUGAUAGAAAACUGAUAUUCAAUUUGUCACAUUAACUUCAAAUUGUGAAUCAUUUGGGGUCUGCAAGUGAUUUAUGCUUAUCUGUAUUUUUUUUUACCAUG